CAGUCUUUGAACCAUUGAGUUACGGUCACCUUCCCAGAAGGAACACUUUCAAUAUGGCUCGCAGUGCCGAAAAAGCAAUGACUGCUCUUGCACGGUGGAGAGCGGUUUAUGUGGAUCGUGUUCAAGAGACAAAAAAGAGGCCAUAUAUAGCAUCUGAAUGUACGGGGUUAAAAGAUUCUUUGUAUUACAGACGGCAAAUUGUGCACGAAAUUUCUCGGAAGAUAGCCCAGAUUCAAAACCGUGCGAGAUAACCUUCCACAUAAUAUUUUCUGUUUUAGCCAGCCUCGGGGAGUAUAAGUUGAGAGAUUUAAACGAUGACAUAAAUAAACUUAUCCGCGAAAAAUCCCACUGGGAAGAUCAUAUAAAAAGUCUGGGGGGUCCUGAUUUCAAGGCUGAAGCACCUAAAAUGCUGGAAAAGGAAGGUAAAGAAGUUCCUGGUAAUAGAGGAUACAAGUAUUAUGGGGCCGCUCGUGACUUACCAGGCGUACGGGAGUUAUUCGAAGAAGAUCCUCAACCAAUCGCGAGGAAAUCUAGAGGUGAAUUAAUGAAGCUAGUUGACGUAUCCUACUACGGAAAUUGUGAUGAAGAUGAUGGUGUAAUUGUGCCACAAGAAGCCAUUUAUGAACAAGAAGCUAUUGCUUGCAAAAUCGCUGAAUGGAAAGCCCGUAAAGCAUCUAACUGUCAACCAGGAUACGCUAGCAAGCAACCUGUUGGUGAUGAAUUUGAUGAGCUGGAUGAGGAUAAUGCUGAUACCAGAAACAUAUACGAUGUCGGCGAUAAUCCAGCUGAUAUAGAACUGAUGCGCCUUUAUGAAGCAAUUAAUGAAGAUAACGAAGUUGGAUCCAUCGACUUUUCCAAUGCUGAACAGUUAGUAGCAUUGAUAAAUGAUGAUGAAGAUGCAAACGAAUUGGGUGACAGUGGAACGUCAGCGAGCAAAUCUAUGAGUUCUCUAAGCACUUCAGUGAAACGAGCAUUUGUUGCCCACGUUCCAAUCUACACACAAGAUCAAAUUGAAUCAGCAUUGGUAGCCCAGCGUAAACGUGAAAUCCUCGAGAAAUACAUGUCUAGUGAUUUGUUAGCCAGCAUGACACAAACUGGAGAAAUCCUUGGCAUUGAAGAUAGUAGUGAGAUGGACUCCACUUGUCAAGCUGUAAACGAUGACCAUCUAUCAAAAUCGACAAUUUCUAAUUCUAAUGUUGAUUUAGAAGAAGAAGAAGAGGAGGAUGACUAAAUCUUAAGUGUUUGAGCAUAUUUUUGUACAGAUCUCAAAUAUAUGAAAACUGCAAUCAAAA